AUGCAGCCGCAACCUGUUGUUUUGAGGGAGCAGACGGUUCUGGAACGGACCAAGGCGGAGAGUCUGUUGGAAGUGCGGAACCUCAAUCUAUGGGGCGAAGGAUUGACAGAUGUCUCUGUUGUUGAAAAGAUUCCUGGCAUUGAGGUGCUCGCCUUGGCUGCCAAUCAGUUGACUACGCUGCGUCCCUUUUCUACCUGCACCUCGCUGCGGGAGUUGUAUCUGCGAAAGAACUACAUCAAAUCUCUUGCCGAGGUGAAAUACAUCAAGGGGCUUCCCAAACUGCACACGCUCUGGCUCAUGGAUAACCCGUGCGCAAAGAGCCCCAACUAUCGCAGUUUCGUCAUUCGGUGUUGCCCACACCUGAAGCAGCUAGACGACAUUGAGGUCACUGAGAGGGAGCGAGAGGAAGCAAAGAGGAAGCUUUCGAAGAGUGCGGUACAUUGCAUAUUGAGACACGGGAGCAUCACUGAAGCGGAGCUGAACAGCAGUCCGCAGCAGCUGUCUAGUCCUUCCUCCGCGCCGAAGGUGGUUGAAAAAGGGCCCACUGCGGGCGUAGUUGGGCGGCUCAGCAAAGAUGGGAAAGCGAAGGAGAAGGAGGAGACACGGCAAGGCGGAAGCCGGGGUGACGACACCGUUCGGGCAUCGAGUGUCAGGCCCACACCCAGCGGCGGUCCAUGCAUGACGCUUCAAACGCAACAGGCAAUUCUUACCGCCAUCGUGUCGCUCAUACCUGAACUGACGCUGGAGUCACUGGGGGUGCUCCAGAAGGAACUUCGAGAGGAGGUAGAGCGGAAGGAAAAGGCCACUAGGAAUCAACCAAGUGGCUCACAGUAG